AUGUCCAGCUACAACUAUCAGCCUAUCGACCCAAACACCAACACGAUCCGCCUUCUCCGCUUGUUUCAAGGUCGGCGAUACUACAAUGACGAGCUGAUCUGCGGUGAGCUAUUCGAGGCAGAAAUCCCACACGAUCGAGAUGACACCUACGAGGCGCUUUCUUACACUUGGGGAGAUCCGACACGGACCAAAACAAUUGCCAUCAACGACCAGAAAGUGGCAGUCACAACCAAUCUGUACAAUGCGCUUUUGCAUCUCAGGGACCCUGAAAAGGAUCGGAUUCUCUGGGUGGACGCUUUAUGUAUCAACCAGCAAGAUGCUUUCGAGCGCACACAUCAAGUUGCAAAGAUGAGCGUCAUCUAUCAAAAGGCCUGGGCUGUCGUCAUCUGGCUCGGAAAGACAACUCGGGAUAUCGAACUACUUUUAGAAGCUACUAAAGCUUUGGACAAAGUAGUGCGAGGACGUCCAAGACCAUCGAGUAACGCCGAACAUUUGAAAUCCUGGAUUGACGAAGGCCGUCGAUUCAUUUCAGAGAAGAGGGCCAUUAACCCUGACUUCUACGAAAUCAGGCAACGGGCGAUGAAGGAGUUGCUCAGCCGAUCCUGGUUUCGCAGGGUUUGGGUCGUCCAAGAAGCCGCCUACGCCAAAACAGCCUAUAUUCAAUGCUCUUGGAUCUCGGUUCCCACAAGGGUGUUUUGCAUGAUGCCACAUCUUCUGGACAUAGAUAUGGAUGCUCGCUCGCAAGCAUUACUCGAAGUCCUGCCCGGCCCGCUGAGACAGAGCUCGUGGUGGAACGAUACCCGAGACCUUAGCAAUGUACUGCAAAAGUUCAGUUCGUCUGAAUCGACAGACCCACGCGAUCAAAUCUUUGCUCUACUUGGUCUAUCGUCCGACUGUGCAAAAGACGGCCGAGUUUUCUUGCCAAACUAUGAGCUCAACACGCUGGAAUGCAUCCAACAAACGCUCUUCUUCCUGGCUUUCAGGGAAAUCCCAGUUUCCGAUUUGUUCUCUCUGCCAGAUUGGGACCUAGAGACCUUUCGUCAAAAGUUGCCAUCUCUAAGAUUGUGCUUACUCGAGUGGGGAAUCAGCCAGAAUGACAACGGUGUCCCCCUCGUACGAAAGCUCCUUCGCGAAGGUCCUCGCUUCGAGAACUACCAGCAAGUAUUCUCAGAUGAACUUCCAUUGAGUUAUCUCAUUUCAAAUGGGAAACCAAUGGAGAUGAUUCAGAUCUUCCUGGAACACGACGAUCUGGAUGCUCGCCAGGCGAAGAACGGCCUAAGUCAUGCGGCAUCAUUCAAUCGCAUCGAUCUCACCCAAAUGUUUCUAGGCCGCGAGGAUGCGGAUAUCUUGUACAACAUACAAGAUAUCAAAUCCGCCCUUGAGUGUGCCAUGCAUUCUCAGGGCUGUGAUGUAGCAGAGGCACUGUUAUCUGCUGUGCGCCACCGUAAGGGAGGCCUUUCACAGGUAUACGAAGGUUUACUUCUGUACCGAGCAGUCAAGUCUGGGAACACACGCGCUAUUACCAUGCUUGUCCAAAAUGGGGUCCCUCCCGAUAUACCCAUCCCCCACGACGAGGGUACGGCUAUGCUAGCAGCUACCGAUUACGAACGCACAGAAGCGCUAAAAGUACUUGCUCGUCUGGGAGUUGAUAUAAAUGAAAAGGGUGUGUUCGAAACUCCUAUAUCCAGUGCAGCAAAAGGUGGUAAUCUGGAAAGUGUCACCUGCUUGUUGGGCUUAGGAGUCAGGCUUCCAGCCGCGAUCGUCGCAGAUUGCACAUACUGGUGGACCAAUAGGGGAUGCAGACCCGGACCGGAAACAGCUGUCGAAAUGGUGGAGCUUUUGGCAAGUAAAGGUGUAAAUCUUGAGAUCAAAAAUCCUUUUGGUUGGAACGCUUUGCUUUUGGCAAUCAGCGCCAAGGAUCGCCCCAUGGUUGAGCUCUUAAUCCGUUUGGGUGUUAAUCUGGAAGUCGUGAACCAGAAGGGAAAGCGCGCCUUGCUUUAUGCAGUUGAGUUGAACCACGUCAUAAUAGCAAGGCUCUUGGUCAAAGCUAUGGCUGCGCUCCAGGAGGGAUUGCAUGAAUUGCCUGCCUUUUAUGCUGCUAUACUUCUUGGGGAGAACAAAGUGGUACGUUUCCUUGGAGACCGCGUAGACAUUUUCACAAUGCCUGAGGAGGUUCGCUCAUCGUUGCCUAAUUAUGUGUUCGAGAACUGGUCAGAGGAACGAUGGGAGAUAGAUGGAUACUUACGAAGUCGUGAAGUAGACCUUCUCAAAUGGACAUGGAAACAACAGGAACGGGAUAACAAGAGAGCAAGAGAGCAUGAAAACAGACCAGUCAAACGGAAGAAGAUGAAUCACACAUAUCAGAUGGACUCGUUCUAA